AUGGUGAACAGGAAAAGUUGCAGAAAUUAUAGCAUACAUCCUGAAAAUGUAAUUUAUUACGAUUAUUUUAACAAUUUAAGAAGAAGGGCGGGAGCCCAGGGGUGUACCAAUUUGGUUAUUUCAUUUAAAAAAAUUAUGGGCUCCAUUUUGAGGUACCCCUUGCCAAUUAAAAAUAGCCUGGAAGCCUAUAAAUUGAAGGGGGUUGGUAAGCGAUUUUCUUACUAUUUUGAAAAAGCCCUGUCGAAAAGUACUCAGGAAAAGAUUCGUAAUAGUAUGCACAAUGAGUGUGUCAAUUCGAAUGAGGAUUCCUCUCACAUAUACUCCCACAUCAAUAAAGUUAUCACAAGUGUGGACCGUUUUUUGAAGGAACUGGACAGUAAGGCUUAUAAUUUGAAGAGAAUUGGGGAAGAGUCCGAUGAUAAUAUUAUGAGGAACAUGAAGGAGAUAAGAAAUGAUUACUCGAACAGUGAUUAUAAUGAAGGGGAGACGAAAAGGAGAAAGCGGAAAGGUGGAAAGGAGAAGAAAGUAAGCACCCAUUUCUCGGAUCCGGUUGGUGGGUCUAAUUUCGCUAACAGAGCUUACAGGGCUGACAAAGCUGACGAGGAGGAUGCCUUUCAUGCGUUUGAUGUGCCUGAUGCGUCUGAUUGCGCUAAUCAUACCGUCAGUCAUGAAAGCAAUCGAGGAGAGGUCAGUUACCCUGCGGUCAAUGAAAUGUAUAGCUCUCCGCAGUUGUCAACAUCUCCUUACACGUACAAGAGCAGCACCAAUAUCAAAGGCUACACAAUCAUUUCGGGAAGCUCCAUAAAUUACGAUAACUCCUUUUUGGGUGAUGAGGAAACAUCUGCCGCAAAAGGGGGUCCACCGAAUGAGCAGGAGAAGAAAAAGAGAUUAACUAGCAAAAAUAAAGAAAGCAAAAGAACGUAUGAAAUGAAAUUAAACGAUUUUGAAAACAGAAUCUUGUCUUUUCUGGACAAGAAUGAACAUUUGUAUGAAGACUGUUCACUGAGCAUGGAAGAAAUAACAAUUGGGUUUUUAAAAUAUUAUCGAAAAUGUGAAAAAAUAUAUUUAAGCAAAUUGCGUAGGCUCAUAAAAUUAGAAUUGUUGGAGAAGGUAGACAUUUGGGAAAAUAAGGCAAGUGGUGGCGCUUCUAGAAAAAAGUGCGUCCUGGAUGAUGUGUACGACACACCCAGCAGUUUCGCGCCGUCGAAUGCACUAUCUGCGUCGAGCAUGUCCAAUUCUAAAAGGGGUAAAAUGAAAAUCAUUAACAAGGUGAGGUUGACGGUGAAGGGGAAGGAGUUCCUGCGGAGGGAGCAGCUAAAUGAAGGAGAUCAGAAAAAAGAGGAAGAUCAGAAAAAAGGGGAAGAUCUGAAAAAAGAGGAAGAUCUGAAAACAGAGGAAGGUCUGAAAGCAGAGGAAGAUCUGAAAACAGAGGAAGAUCUGAAAACAAAGGAAGAUCUGAAAACAGAGGAAGAUCUGAAAACAAAGGAAGAUCUGAAAACAAAGGAAGAUCUGAAAACAAAGGAAGAUCUGAAAACAAAGGAAGAUCUGAAAACAGAGGAAUAUGGUCCCCACGUGAAUAACCUCAAAACGAAGGAACCCGCCGCAGAUGCAUCAAAAAGAGAAGACAAAUCUACUUCUAAGGGAGACAAAGAAAAUAAAUUGAGCGAUUUAGACCAUCGAAUAGAAUACGAGGACAGUUUCAAAAGCGCAGAAUAUUUAUCGACAAAAAUGAACGAGUCGGAUGAACGGACAAGGAGGGAAGUUACCUACAGUGAUGGUGAGAAUAAUCACCCGUUUGUGAAAAGCAAAGUCGUUCCCGAAAAUAUUAUUUUUACCAUUGAUGGGGAUACAUCGGAUGGACAAAGUCAUCAGCUGAGCGGUAAGGAGGACAGCGAAAAAGGCAGAACCAAGAGGUCAAAUACCCUUGGUAAUGUCCAAAUAGAGAAAACCCACCAGUGCAACGUUCUCUACACAGAGACUACAUCAAUUUUGAGCCAUAACAAACAAGCGGAAGGUGUUGACGUAAUAGAUUUGUUUGCAGAAGAAGGUGCAUGUGAUAUGGGGGGAAAUGUCUCUGGUGGAAGUGUUUACUCAGUUGAGAGUAAAACGGAGGGGAAGCGAAAAUGGAGCGCCUCGCUUGAUAAAGGAGGGGAGUUAGCAAGUGUACCAAAAAGAAGAAGAAAAAAAAAUAAAGGGGAGAAAGGGUUGGAGGAAGAGGAGGGAAAUGACAACAGCAAGGGAAAUUCCAAAGGAGAGCGUAAAUCAGGCCAAAAAUCAAAGCGAAAAGCUAACCUCGAUGCAAAGCCUAAUGGGGAUACGGAGACCGCAGAAGGAGAACAAGUUACAUACGGGCCGUACGAAAUCGUUAUGGUAAUUGAUAACAGAGACAUAUCAGGUACGAGUCAAGAGCUGAAUGAGAAAAUGAAAAAAAUAUUCCAACGCAAUGGAGUAAAAUAUUUAACUAGGAAUUUACCCUUGGGUGAUAUCAUCUGGUUGUGCAGGAGAAGGGUUUAUAAUGGUGGUAAGUCGAAGAGAAAAAGGAGCAGAAAAAAUGGGAAAAAGGAAAAUCCAUGGGAGACUCCACAGAAUUCCUAUAAUCACGAAUGGAGUGUCGAGACCGGUCAAAUGAGCAACCUAAGAAAGAGCAUCUCUCACUUGAGUGAAAGUUACGACCAAGGGAGGGAGGAGCAGGUGGCUGGAGACGAAGAGGAAAAUGCUGAAUAUGAAGAACACGUAUUAAAAUGGAUAAUAGAGCGUAAAACAUUGAAUGAUUUAAGUGCAAGUAUAAUUGAUGGAAGGUAUGAUGAGCAAAAAUAUCGUCUCAUGAGAUCAAAGGAAACUUCACAUAUAAUAUACCUGAUAGAAAACAGUAACAAUUCCUUUAGAAAUUAUGCCAAUGUAAAUAGAAUUUCUUAUGAAACGCUUCUUAAUGCUCAGCAUAGUAUUCAGUUGAUUAGUGGGUUCUCCAUAUUGACUAGUCAAAGUUUGAGUCACACUUUCUUUUUAUUGGCUGAAAUGCACACAGAGAUUGUAGAAAAUAUUCGAUUACUUUGUAACAUAAGAGAAGACCAACCUAUAAUACACAAUCAUCAAUUGGAGGUGUAUUUACGAGAUAAUUCAUCUGAUUGGGAUCAGUGGAAUAGUUAUUCUAAGAAGUCCAAGAACAAUUUGGUGAAGGAAGUUUUUGGGAAACAGUUACGACUGAUUAACAUGUGUGGGCCUGAUGCCACGGAGAUUAUUCUGUCUCUGUGGCCUACCCCCAUGAAAUUGAAUGAGGCCCUAAAUAAGUAUACCCAUGAUGGUAUUUUGGCCGAGAAGAUCAAGAGGAUUUACCUCAGGGGGCGUGACCUUGUGGGGAAACGGCGUGUCAAAUCUCCCGUCGAUGCAAAUCUCAUUGCACAGCUGCGACAGCUCUAUGCCCCGGACUCCAUUUAA